AUGUUCGGUUUUUAUUAAUAUUUUUUAGCAACAUUACCGGUUUCAACAGCGUCAGCUGAACGAAGUUUUAGUAAAUUGUCAAGCAUCAAAACCUAUCAUCGUUCGACAAUGAAACAAAACAGGCUAAAUGGCUUAGCUAUGGCAUACAUUCAUAAAGAUAUUAAUAUUGAUGCCGAUGAAAUUUUAAAAAUUUAUUGUCAAAAAUAUAAUCGUCGUCUUGAUUUUGGCAUGUAA